GUUGUUUUUGUUCCUUAAUUCCGAUCUCUACUCUUUGAUUUCCACUUGUUUCUCUGUUUCUGUUUUAUUUAGUUUUAUUUCUAUUUGUAUUUGUGCUUCUAUUUCUAUUCUUAUUUUAUUUCUAUUUUUAUUUUAAUUUUAUUUCUAUUUUUAUUUGUAUUUGUAUUUGUAGUUUUAAUUCUAUUUUUAUUUUUAUUUUUAUUUUUAUUUUCAUUUCUAUUUCUAUUUCUAUUUCUAUUUCUAUUUCUAUUUCUAUUUCUAUUUCUAUUUCUAUUUCUAUUUCCAUUUAUAUUUCUAUUUCUAUUUUAUUACUAGUUUUAUUUUAUUUUUAUUUUUAUUUCUAUUUCUAUUUUCAUUUCCAUUUCUAUUUUUAUUUCCAUUCUAUUUCUAUUUCUAUUUCUAUUUCUAUUUCUAUUUCUAUUUCUAUUUCUAUUUCUAUUUCUAUUUCUGUUUCUAUUUCUAUUUCUGUUUCUAUUUCUAUUUCUAUUUCUAUUUUUAUUUACAUUUUGAUUUUGAUUUUGAUUUUGAUUUCUAUUUUGAUUUCUAUUUUGAUUUCUAUUUUCAUUGUCAUUUUUUUCAAUUUUUUAUUUGUUUUGUAAUUUGUAAUUUUAUUUGUAGUCUUUUUUGUAAUGGUUAUUUUUUAUUUGUGGGAUUUUUUUUGCAAUUUGUUUUUUUUAUUUGCAGUUUUUUUAUAAUUUAUUUUUUAUUUGUAGUUUUGUUUAUAAUUUACUUUUUAUUUGUGGGUUCUUUGUAAUUUAGUUUAUUAUUUGUAGUUUUUUUAUAAUUUAUAUUUUUAUUUGCACUCUUUUUUGUAAUUUAUUUUUAUUUGCAUUAUUUUGUAAUUUAUAUUAUUUAUUUGCACUCCUUUCUGUAAUUUAUUUUUAUUUGCAUUUUUUUGGUAAUUUAUAUUAUUUAUUUGCUCUCUUUUCUGUAAUUUAUGUUUUUUAUUUGUAGCUCUUUUGUAAUUUUUAAUUAUUCAUUUAUAGAUAUCUACUUUUCUACAAUUAUUUUUUUUUUUUUGGGCUCCUCUACUUUUCCUCAAUUUAUUCCCCAUUUGUACUUUUACCUUUUUUAAUUUUUUUUUCUCAUUUAUAUAUUUUUCUAUUCUCAAUCUUUAAUUUUAUUUUAACCCCCUCCUUUCCGGCUUUGUUGUUGUUGUUGUUUACGGGCUGGGAGGAGAAUUUGGGCGAUUAUUUUAAUUUUAUUUCAUUUAUUUCUUAUUUGUUUUGUUUUUUUUUUCCUGUCCCCUCAGGUUUUUGCUGCCUUUGGGUUUGGGGCUCGUUCUGGGCCCGGGGCAGGGGCGAUUUGGGAUCGAUAACAGUUACUGAUCAUUUUUAUUUUUAUUUGAAUUUUUGUUUUGUUUUGCUUUAUUUUAUUUUAUUUUGUUUUAUUUUAUUUAAUUUUAUUUUAUUUUUGGUUGUUUUAUUUUAUUUUACCUUAUUUUUUAUUUUAUAUUAUUAUUUUAUUUUUAUUUUUAUUAUAUAUUUAUUUUAAUUUUAUUUUAUUUUAUUUUAUUUUGUUUUAUUUUAUUUUAUUUUAAUUUAAUUUAUUAUUUUAUUUUAUUUUUAUGUCAUUCCAUUUCAUUUAUAUUCAAUUUUUUAUAUUUUAUUUUAUAUUUAUUUGAUUUUUAUUUCAUUUCAUUUCAUAUAUUUUUCUUUAUUUCAUAUUCAUUUUUAUUUUUAUUUUCCCCCCAUUUAAUUUAAUUUCAUUUCAUUUCAUUUCAUCUCAUUUCAUUUCAUAUAUUUUAUUUUAUUUCAUAUUCAUUUUUAUUUUUCCCCCAUUUAAUUUAAUUUAAUUUAAUUUCAUUUCAUCUCAUUUCAUUUCAUAUAUUUUAUUUUAUUUCAUAUUCAUUUUUAUUUUUAUUUUCCCCCCAUUUAAUUUCAUUUCAUUUCAUUUCAUAUAUUUUAUUUUAUUUCAUUUUUAUUUUUAUAUUUUCCCCCGGCCCAUCCUCACCCUAUCCCUGUCUCACCUUUCCUCCCAUCCCCAUCCGCCAGCACCAACAUUAAUUAUUUUUCUAGAUUUCUUUAUUUUUUUUUGUUUAUUCGUUUGUUUUUGCUUUCAAUUCUUUUUUAAAUCCUCACCCUCCCAAACUGCGAACAAAACAAGAGUUCGUGGGGAAUCGCUGAGGCCGCAAAAGUGAAACUCGGAGCGGGCAGCACCAUUAAUUACAACAGAACAUGGAAUAUUUAUUAUUCUACCCGGGAUAUUUUUAUUUUUUCUUUUUUUUUUUUUUGUUGUUGUUGUUUUUUUCCCCCUUUUUUUUCUCCCCUUUUUUUCUCCUAUUCCCAAGCAAUUCCUUGGAGUAAAUAAUUAGGAUUGCGGCCGUCGCGGGCGAAGAUAAAUGAGCGGCAUUUGUGAGGCGCUGGGCCGAAGGGGGUUGUAAAUUUAUUUUAUGGACGUUUAAAACAAAACAAAACAAAAACCCUAAAAAAACAAUUUAAAAAAAAAAAAAAUCACCGCCGUUAUUUUUAGCUCGCGAGGUUCUGCUUUUUUUUUUUUUUUUUGGUUGCUUUUUAUUUUUUUUUAAUUAUUAUUAUUAUUAUUAUUAUUUUUUUAUAAAAAAAGAAAUCCUCUCCAGCCAGAAAGGCCUCGGAGAAAUUCGCACCUCGCAGAUAAUUUUUAAAUUUUUAUUAUUUUAUUUUAUUUUUUUUUUUUUCCCGGAGACUUUAUUCAUAAUAAAGUCUCCGCUGUUUUGUUAAUUAAUGAAUUAAUUCACGGCUCGGGGAGCGGUGGUUAUUUUUUUAAUAAAAUAAAUUUAUCAUGGCCGGGGAGGAGGAGGAAGGAGGAAAAUAAUUCCCGGCGAGGAUCUCGCCCUCCGCGCACCCCAAAAAAAAAAAAAUCUCCGAGGAAGAUCCGAUGCGAAUUUGGGAAUUCGGGAAGGAUUUAAUGGGGGUAAAAAAAAAAAAAUUACAAAUAAAAUUAAAAUUAAACCCUCCCGAGCAAUCCCUUCGUGGACGCUCUGAGGUUGGGGGUGAAGGAAACGGAGCUUUGGUGCGACGUGAAAUUAAAAAAAAAAAAAAAUAAAAAUAAAUAAAAGAAAAAAGAAAAAAGCAACCGGGAAAAAAAAAAAAAAAAUAAUUUAUUGUCGAGCUGCGGCUUCUGUUUAAACUCCCGGCACUUAAAAAAUAUCGCGCUGGGUUUUAUCUCGGCGGGGUUUGUUUUGUUUUGUUUCCAGGAUGAAAGGGGCUCAGAUAAAACGGAAUAUACACGAGAUGGAAUUAAAUAUACAAUGGAUAUCAAUCCCCAAACGAAACGCGACGUGCAGGGAGAGGAGCCUCUGGAAUUUUUUUAAAAUCCUCUCUGCCGAUUAUUUCCGAGUAGUUUUGCCGAUUUUCGUUGGGUUUUUGGUUUGUUUUUUUUUUUUUUUUUUUAAUUUAUUUUAUUUUUUUUCAGGGUAUUUCUAGUUUGUUUGAUGGAGGAGAAAGUUUCUGCUGGGAGGAAAGGAAAAGAGGGAAAAGAAAAAAAAAAAGAGGGAUGGAGGAAAAUAAGAAAAAUCUCAAGGGGAGGGGAAUUAAUUUUGGGGUUUUAAGAUUUGGAUUGUUGUUUUCGUUUUUUUGGUUUGUUUUUUUUUUUUUUUUGACUUUUUGAGAUUGGAUUGAGGGAGGGAGGAAGGCUGGAAAAUCCGUGGGGUGGAAAGCGAGGAGCAAACGGCCUCGUGAAAUGUUUGUUUUCCUAGAGAGGGAGAGAGGAAAAAAAAAACAACAACAACAAAUGAAAACAACAAUUCAAAUCCUCUGGGUUUGGAAUCAGCUCCUUCCCAGCGACAGCUCUGGGUUUGGGAUGAGAAACUCCCCCCCGCCAAAAAAAAAAAAAAAAAAAAAAAAAAUUUGAUUUAUUUUCUAAAUUCAACCCGUGUUGCUGGAAAGGGGGAGGAGGAAACUCAGAAGCAAAUUCUUGGAUCCGAGCCGCUGCUCCGAAAAUCUUCACCCUGAAUUCCAGAGGUGCUCGGAGUUCCUGUGUCAACAACAAAAAACAAAAAACAAAAAAAAACCAAACAAACAAACAAAAAAAAAAGAACCGAACAAAAAAAAAGUUAAAAAAGGGAGCCAAGUGUGCCAGGACAGCGGUACCUGGAGAAAAAACACGGAUAUUCGCAUCCUGCAGCUUGAAACCAAACAAAGUCACCCAGGGCCGCUGAUAAACUCGGAAUUUCUGCUGGGGAAAGGUUUUUCCGUUUUGUUUUUUUAUUUUUUUUUUUUUUGGGGGGGGGGAUGGUGUUUGGUUUUAAAUAGAAAUAACCGGACUCGUGUUGGUUUUUUUUAGGUUUGCGGGCGGCGAUUUUGCGUUCCGCGCUGUCGCGUUUGGGAUGAUUUGGGGUUUGUGCUGGGCUGGGCGUGUAAACGUGGGAAGGACGCGCUUCCGCAGGGAGGAAUCCGGAGGGGAUUUGUGUGUUGGGAUAAACACAGAAUUUAAUAAUAAUAAUAAUAAUAAUAAUAAUUAAUAAAUGUACCGCGUCAAUCCCUCGCAACAGAUCAAAAACCAGAGAGGUUUUUUUUGUUUUGUUUUUUUUUUUGUUUUGUUUUGUUUAAAAAAAAAAAAAAAAAAGGCUAAACCGCCCCAAAACUCUUUGGGAUCAGAAUUUCUGGAGCCUCCAGAGGGGUGAAACCUGCUGGCAGCAUCUGCUCUCCCCCUCUAUUCAUGUCACGGAUCUUUUCAGGCCCCAAGAUGGAUUCCUGGGCCGGGCACUAUUAUUGUGUUUUUUCUCCUAACCUUUCAGGUCAGCUCGCACCCGACAGCUGGAGCGGGGCCAUCACGUGGCCUCGGGGUGCCAAUGUUCUUCCAGAGGGGUGUCAAGACCCCGGUAGCCAAAAAAUCCCCGGCGGAAGAUGCAGAAGACGUCGUACUACGACAGCGCGACGCUUUUCGGGGGUUACUCCUACGGCGCCGGCGCCGACGGAUUCGGUUACGACGGUGCCCAGCCGCCUUUCCAGACCGCUCCUCACGUGGAGAACGAUUUCCAGAGAUCCGCCUGCUCCUUGCAGUCCGUCGGCGACAACGCCAAAAAUAAAGAGCUCAACGGGAGCUGCAUGCGGCCCGGUUUGCCUCCGGAACCGCCGGGUUCGCCCAACGUCAACAACGCCAACGGCGCCGCCAGAACCGGCCAAGCCGGAGGCGGGAAAAGCGUUCCCGGUAAAGGCAAUGUGGGAAUCUCCAAGCAGAUCUUCCCCUGGAUGAAGGAGUCGAGGCAGAAUUCCAAGCAGAAGAACGGAUCGCCCGGCGCAGGUAGAUCGCCGGAAACCUGCAGCGGCGGCGGCGGUGAGAAAAGCCCCCCGGGCUCGUCGGCCUCCAAGAGGGCUCGCACGGCUUACACCAGCGCUCAGCUGGUGGAGCUGGAGAAGGAAUUCCACUUCAACCGCUACCUGUGCCGGCCGCGGCGCGUGGAGAUGGCCAACCUGCUGAACCUCAGCGAGCGUCAGAUCAAGAUCUGGUUCCAGAACAGGAGGAUGAAGUACAAGAAAGAUCAGAAAUCCAAAGGUGUGGGUUGUUCUUCCGGCGGUCCUUCCCCCGCCGGUAGCCCCCCGCAAGCCGUGCAGGCCUCGGCGGGGUUCCUCAACGCUCUGCACCCCAUGAGCGGCGCCUACGAGGCGCCGUCGCCGCCUUCCUUCAGCAAACCCCACCAAGACGCCUACGCCGUGGCCACCACCAGCUACCAAACCCCUCUCAAAGGUUGCCCUGGCCAGCAAAAAUACGGAGUGGCCACCAACAGCGAUUACGAGCCGCACGUCCUGCAGGGGAACGGGGCGACCUACGGGAACCCCAACGUGCAGGGCAGCCCCGCGUACGUCGGAGGGAACUUUGUGGAUUCUCUGCCCGCCUCCGGUCCGGCUCUUUACGGUCUCAACCACUUGGCCGCCGGCGUGGACUACGGCGGGGUGGCGCCGGGCCAGCCCCACGGACCGUGCGAGAGCCACGCGGCGUACGCGGAGCUCUCGUCGCACCACGCGACUUCUCAGGGCAGAAUCCAAGAGGCGCCCAAGCUCACCCACCUGUGAGAGGCAAAAAGAAAAAAAAAAAAAAACAAACAAAAAAAAAAAAAAUACAAAAAACCGACCCAACAACAGCAACAACAACAAAAUUUUUUUAGAAAAGGGAGGUUGGGUUUCAGGGAUGCUGGCGUUGAGUUUCUCUCCAUUUUUGUGGCGCUCGGAGGGGUUUUUUUGGGGGGGUGUGUAUUAAGCACAAAAACCCGAGCACUUUUUUUUUUUAUUAUUAUUAUUUUGGUUUUGGUGUUUUUGGAAGGGUUUUGAUCUGAACUUGUUUUUCUUGAAGGGGUUCGGGGUGGUUUCGUGGGAAUCCUGCGGGGUUCGAGCGGGCAAAUGCGUCGUUUCUGAGCCGCGUCCGGAUCGUCGCCGACCGUUUGCGGAUUUCGGGGAAGGAGAAGAGUGGUCCAGACAAGUUUUUGGGAUUUCUGCAUCCACAAGAUCCCAAAAAAAAAAUUCCGGCAUGAAGCUCCCCCCUUCUCCGAGUUCUUCUCCAGAUCUUCUUGUGCUUUCCUUCCGAACCGUCAGGGCAUGGAUUGUCCUUUUCCCCAAAGGAUAAAUCCAAUUUCCCACCAGAAAAAGAAAAAAUAAAAAAAAAAAAGGAUAAAUCCACUUUUUCACCCCGUAACUUCCCACCAAACCUCCCCAAAAAAUCUCCAAAUAUCCACCCCCGGCCAACGCCCGGGUCCCUGCAGGCCCUGCUCCCCCUCUCCAAAACAACAACAACAACACACACAAAAUAAAAAACAACAACAACAAAAAAGUUUCAAAAUUGAAAUAAAAGAGGCCUAAGUAAAAGGUUGAAGAAAAUUUCAGGAACUCCUAAAUCCCCAUUUUUUGCCCCCCCACCACCCAAAAUUCCGAAGAGAGGAAGAAAGAGUUGACGGGUCUGAAUAUUUCCCUUCCAAUUUCUCCGUUCGGGCUGAGGGGGUUUUUUUGGGGUUUUUUUUUGGGUUUUUUUUUUUUGUUUUUUUUGUUUUUUUUGUUCUUUCUUAGGAUUCACGAGCAGAAGAAAAAAUAAAAAAUAAAAAUAAAUAAAUAAAAAGAAGAAGCAAUGGGAGAAAUCCUGAGCUCCUUUCCUCCUCUCUUCUUGAACUUUUGUGAAAACAGGGUAUUUUUGAGCAGGGAUUUGCUGAUGCUUUCCUGCCUGGACAUCUUUUGUUGCACUUCGAGUUUACAUAUAAUGGGUAUUAAAAAAUAAUUAAUAAUUAAAAAAAAAAAAUUGAUUUUGAAGGGCUCUCAGCUCUGUCGAGGAGCCCUUCAGUCAGCUGUGUGUUCUGGUGAACAUUCAUAUAUAUUUAUUGGUUAUAGCCAGUUGAAAAUAUUUUCUGUUUUUUGGUUGUU